UGUGUGUGUGUGUGUGUGUGUGUUUGCUCUCCGUAUUCUGGGGCGGAUCUUUGCGGUAAAAUACAUGUCCACCUCUUCGCCUCCGCCACAAUGACAAAUGAAGCGGGUUUUAACCGGAGGACUAUCUCCUAGAUGUGGGAUAUUUAAUGAUUGUUAUCUGCUAACGCCAAGCGCAGAGCGGAAUGGCUUUAAUGGAGAAGCCGGCGGCCGGGAAGCUCCUGCUGGACGAUACGGUUUCUCUGACGGCGAUAAUCGAAGCGAGUCAGAAUUUACAGUCUCACACGGAAUACAUCAUCCGUGUGCAGAGGGGAGUCUCUACAGAAAACAGCUGGACGGUGAUCAGGAGAUACAGUGACUUCGACAUGCUUAAUAAUAGUCUGCUGAUCUCGGGCCUGAACCUGCCACUUCCUCCUAAGAAGUUAAUCGGGAACAUGGACCGUGAGUUCAUAGCAGAGCGGCAAAAAGGUCUACAGGCGUAUCUGAACUUCCUCACGCAGCACCACAUCCUCUCCAGCUGUGAACUUGUCAAAAAGUUCCUCGACACCAACAAUUAUUCCGCAAACUACACAGAAAUCGCCUUACAGCAAGUGUCCAUGUACUUCAGAUCGGACCUGAUAUGGGAAGUGGUUGAGCCUUUAAAAGACAUGGGUUGGAGAUUACGAAAGCGGUACUUCUUAGUUAAAAACAAAGAGCAGCCCAAGGAGCGACAAGUCUUAAGCUGGGUCGAUUUCGGUCCUGAUAAGUUCUUAUCAGAUAAAGAUCUGCAGUCCAUGAUUAAGCUGCUUUCGUCCCUGGCUCACCCAUACAUCUGUCCAGUCACCUAUGCCUCAACUAUCGAGUCCUCAGCAGUAGUAAUCAGAAUUUUUAAUGAAAAAGGCACACUUAGGGAUCAUAUUUGCAAGGUAAAGCCAAAAGAAGCAUUCUUGAAGAAGUACUGCAACCCCAAAAAGAUCCAGGGUCUGGAGCUGCAGCAGAUCAGGACAUAUGGGAGGCAGAUUUUGGAGGCCCUGAAAUUCCUCCAUGAUAAGGGUUUUCCAUUCGGGCAUCUCCAUGCCUCAAACGUUCUAAUUGAGGACAACACGUGCAAACUGCUGGACAUAGAAAACUCCAUACUGGGACUUCCCUCUUACUACCGGCCUUAUGUCACCCAGUUCAGGAAAAUUAACACCACAGAGAGCAUUGAUGUCUACUCAUUUGGUCACUUGUUGUACGAAAUGACGUAUGGCAGGCCUCCCGAUGCCGUUCCUGUGGAUCAGUAUCCCUCUGUGCCGUACACUUCAGUCGUCUCGGUCCUGCAGUCCAUCCUGUCCACUGAGGCAUGUAAAACAGGGAUGCCCACAGUUUCUCAACUCCUACAGACACCACUAUUCAGUGAUGUGCUGCUGUUCAACACAGAGAAAGCUCAGUUUAAGAUGACCUCCAAAUUGAAAGAGGCCUUGAAAUUGUCCAAAGAGUGUUUGGAAAAGCAUCUGCAAGAGGAACAGAGAGCGAUUCAGCAGCACAGGAGGCUGACACGGGCACAGUCCCACCACGGCUCUGAGGAGGAGAAAAGGAAGAGGAAGAUCCUUGCCAGAAAGAAAUCCAGACAGUCUACUUAUGAAAAUGAGGAGGACUUUUCUGUCAAAUACAACAACAACUCUGGUUCAGGAGCAAGUUCUCCACCAACUUGUCCUUCUUCUCCCACUCCUCCACCUGCACCAGGUGUUCAGCCAGUGACCCUUCCACCACCUCCUCCACCUCCUCCAACUUCUACGGGGAUCGAGUCCAGCCCUCCAGCCCUCCAUCCUCCUUCCGUUAAUGGCAAGGGCCGAAGCGCUCUCCUGAGCUCCAUUCAGACCUUCAGCAAAGGCCGACUGAAAAAAGCGGUGUCCAACGAUUGCAGCAAUCCACGCAUCUGAGCAACACUUUUUACGGUCCUUAGUUCUUAUCGUGUGCAAUUUGUCCUUGGCCCUCUUAUCCGAGGCUUCCAGGAUCUGAUCUUCAGGAGUGCAGAGAUGUUUUAAAACUGGACUGCUGGGGGAAACUAUUUUUAAUAUUUCACUCCCAAAUCGGCUUCAGAUCAGCGAUGGUGAGGCUAAAGUGUGUCGUAUCUGUGCUGCUAUACAGGAUAUGACCUUGGAAAGUGCAUUUCAGCUGUCAGAUUUAUGAAUUGGACUUGAAUAUUUGUGGUAAAUAAUCCCACACACCCUACAAUGAUGUUCCUGACCGUCAUAAAAUCAGCCUCCAGCUGCAGUACAUUCAUCAUGUGGUGUUUUCAAGCAGCUUAGAAGAAUUUGGGUUGUGUUUCAAACAGUUUUUAAUGCUUUGACUUUCACUUUUGGGUUUUACGUAAAACGCUGUGUAGGUUUUGUCUUUUUAAUCCGUUGCAUAAUAUUAUAGUACGUUCAAAUCGUGUCGGAAAUGCAGCAAUUAUGAGAUGAUUCAGAACUCGGUGACACAGAAGAGGCUGAAAUGGCUAUUUUGACAUCUACGAUAGCUAGCCUGUUGACUAAACCAAUUUCAAUGGUUGGUUUUAAGAAGGAAAGCUAAAUUCUGCAAACAGGAAUGCUAAACUGGACUCUAGUAUUUAUUAGAUAAUUUAGUGAACCCUUGAGUCAUCCUGGAAGUGAGCACUACCAUCACAGUAAAAAUGUUUCACAGUAGGAUAGAUGUGCUCCGUCAGAAUAACAUUGUAUUAGGUUCCUGAGUGACGCAACAGAGAAGCGUAGUGAGUUCAAAUCCCGACAUUGCCACAGUCAUCUGUGGCUGGGAGCCAAGGGAGCAAAAUUGGCCAUGCUCUCUGAGUGGUGGGGAUAGCAUACUCCCUUGUCAAUCAGAGCGACACUAGCCAAUCAUGAGCAUCUGUGAGAUCAUCUCUCUCUCUCUCUCUCUCUCUCUAAAUAUAUAAAUAAAUAAAAGAGGGCAGAAAGUGCUUUCAUCUGAGCCCACUGUGAUAUAGCAUGAGCAGCAGUUCAUAAAGAUGCAGUAGCUGGCAUCACGUCUCGGAGGAAGUACAUUUGACUUCACCCUCCCCGGGUGCUCGCUGUUGUGUAAUGUGAGAAAUAGUUAAUGGUGGGAAUUGGCAAAUGACGAACGUGGGAGAAAAUGGGAUUAAAAUAUUUUUUUUAAGAGCGAGGAAAAACUUUACAUUGAUUUGCCCUGACCCUUCCUGAUAAGUGGAUAAGUGGACCGAAAUGCCAGCAAAAUGCCUCUAACAGCAUGAUGUUUUUCCUUAUAUUUGUCUUUUUAGAAGUCAUAACUCAUAAUUAUUGUAGCCUGACAUGAUGUAAACGCACUUAGAGAGUGGUUCUUAGUGGUUCUUAAAAAAAAAAAAAGAAAAAAAAAGGAAUGAAAGUUAAAAGAAGAAGAAGCAUGUUGGGGUUUGUGCCACAUUUUAACCGUUGUGCCUAUACAAGACUAUUGCUAGAAUUCCCAUUGCCAGAUUUAGGAGCUGUGUAUCUCAUUAUCCUCCUGUGUAGUACAAAAAUAGUGGAUAUUCCAUUUGAUCAGAAUGCUAAUGCUGAAACAGUGCACUCAGAGUGAAUCUUCAUAAUAUGCAGAGUGGAUAAACUUUCAGCUUAAAGGAUUAGUGGAACAUGUACUUAUUUUUUUAUUUUAUUGCUUUUUUGCACCUUGUAGCUCCAGUGCAGAACGAACAUAGCUAACAAGUAGUGUAAGUCUCUCGAACCCAAAAUGUUUUCCAUAGUAAUAUCUGCCUCAAAGUACGCACAGUUCUUAAGACCUGCUAAGGUGUUUUGGGACACAGUAUGAUUUUACUGUAAUCUAUUAACAGGAACAAGACAUUUUGUAUUCCUUAGUACAAUUGAUAUCAUACCAUACCCUGGACCUCAACAAUUUAUUUUUAUCAACAAAUGUUUAAAAAUGUGGUUUAGAAAUAAAGGUGUGGGAAUCAGGAAUGGGAAACCCCCACCCUUGGAUCCAGUUAAAAGUCACUGGAGUGGGCGGACACAUUGAAUAACAUUGAUAACAGCAUUCAUUCAUUCAUUCAUUCAUCUUCAGUAACUGGUUUAUCCUGCUCAUGAUUACGGUGGUUUAAAUGACAGAUUUGUUCAAAUUUCAUUAGAAAAAUUUACAAGCAGGUACAAAUAUAACUGCAGAUGUCGGCAUGAUUGAUCAAACUUUAUGCGGGAACAGUCCGGAGUGGUCAGAAUUCCUUCGGCAGCAGGCAGAAGCACAAGUACCCCCUUCCUGUUGAACAAAACACUGGUGUGGUAUAGUCGUACCAGGUCCAGCUUCUCCUACCGGGGCAGAGUCAAGCCAAAAGUCCAGGAGGUGGAGACAACUCGGUGUGUUUCAGGCUGGAUAAGUGUGUUUAAUGUGUUGUUUCAUGUUGUACAGCAUUAUGUGGGUUAGGGUUUGGAUAAGGUGUAUAGGAGGAGUUGGAUCAAAUCCAGCUCCACCCCCUGGAAUUUUGGUGAUCCUGAAGCCAAGACUAUCUCAACAGAAGCAGGCUUUAAAAUCACAUCUAAUUUGAAGCAAAUAUAUGAAGAAAGGAACUAUGAUAUGGGAAGUGUUUGGGGUGUGAUUGACGUCUAUUACUUGUUAGUUGCAUUAUCCUUGUAGCUUCAGUGCAAAAGUAAGGAAUCAAAUGUCAGACUGGCUGACCAACUACAUUUAGGAUGAGCAAAAUCCUGUUAAUUCUAUUUUCUUUUCUUUUUUGCCCAAAUGUUCCUUAUGAAAAUGCCACAUAUUCAGAUUUGUACAAGUAAACAGGCGUUAAUGUUCUGAUAAACCAUAAUUAGGUGAUUAUCAUGACAUUGAACAUUAUGGCCCCUGCUGGACUGCACAAUUGUAACUCUCAGCCCAUCUGUAUACACACCCAUACAUGUUGCACUGCAGACUAUAAAACAUGGAGAGUUUUUCAGUGAUACCCACGAGUUAUGUGUGUUUAGCGUGUACAUAAACCAUACCGAGGAGCAACGUCGGUUUCUCUGCAGCACUUUACCACUGUUUAUUGGUGGUCUUUGAAAAGAGGUAUAACGUUUACAUUAGAUUUAAUUAUGUUGAAAGACGGUAUGACUAGCGAGACAGCUUGAUUAUAUUUGAUAAGAGUAAUGAACACUGCACAUUUGCCACAACCACUGCUGCACGCACUGAAGGUGUGCAUCCUGUUUUUAAAAUACAAAUGUUUUUGUUCCCCCCCCCCAUUAUAAAAAGUUGCGUUGACAAUGUUUUAUCCGUGAUAUCGUGCUUUUAUUUGUGAACUUUGAAGUAAAAACAACAAAAUGUU